UCUCGCUGUUCUAUUUUUUUCCUCAUUUGCAUUAACCCUUUCUCACCUUUUUUUGAACCUCCAGGACUUCUCAGAAGUGGCGGGAGACAAUAUUCCUCAGCAAAAAGCCAAGAUAGUAAGAAACAAGCCACACUUCUCCUUGGGGAGGCUGAUAGGAGUUUAAAAGGUUUGUUGUGGCGAGUGUCACAGACAUUCCCAACUCCAUCACCAACUCUUUGCUUCCACCUCUACCCACUGGAGACCACUUAGACACCUAAGCGGAGGCGAUAGCAGAAUUCAGGAAACCAUGCAUCAUGUCACCGGGAGACAGCUGCAGACUUUAAACUCCGUUCACCAUGCGGAUGCGGCCGAGAAAUGACCUGUCCAGGCAAGCCAGGGCAGCUCCUGAACUGGUUCCUCUGCUCCCUGUGCGUCCCGGGAGUGUGCAAGCUCUGGAGCAGCCGGCGCCCCAGGACCCGGAGGAACCUCUUGCUGGGCACUGCCUGCGCCAUCUACCUGGGCUUCCUGGUGAGCCAGGUGGGGCGCGCCUCGCUCCAGCACAGACCCGCAGCGGAAAAGGGGCCGCACCGGCGCCGAGACACGGCCGAGGCACCCUUCCCUGAGAUACCCUUGGAUGGUACCCUGGCCCCUCCCGAGUCCCAGGACAAUGGAACCACCCUGCUGCCCAAUGUGGUGUACAUUACCCUCCGCUCCAAGCGAAGCAAGCCCGCCAACAUCCGCGGCACGGUGAAACCCAAGCGCAGGAAGAAGUAUGCAGUGGCAUCCCUGGCCCCAGCACAGGAGGCUUUGGUCAGACCAUCCCUUCAGCCGCAGGGAGCAGCAGGGGCAGCUGAUGCUGAAGUGCCUGGGUACAUCCAGAGAGGAAACCUGGCCAAGGUCGGGGAAAGAUCCUGGAGAUUGAUACGGGGUCCGGGAGGACCAGUUGGGGGCGCAGAUUUCCAGCUGCCCCAGGCCAGGGAGAGCAACAUCAGGAUCUACAGUGAGAGCGCCCCCUCGUGGCUGAGCAAAGAAGACAUCCACCGAAUGCGCCUGCUGGCAGAUGGUGCCGUGGUGGGCUUCCAGCCAGUGUCCUCUAAGAGCCAAGCGCAUUUGCUGGUGCUGGAGGGGAGCACCGCUGGCUCUGUGCCUGGUUGCGGCUCUAGCCCCUGCGGGCUGGUCAAGCAGCCCUUGGACAUGAGUGAGGUGUUCGCCUUCCACCUGGACAGGAUCCUGGGUCUCAACAGGACCCUGCCUUCUGUGAGCAGGAGAGCAGAGUUCAUCCAAGAUGGCCGCCCCUGCCCUGUUAUUCUCUGGGAUCCAUCUUUAGCUCCAACAAGUAACGAGACCCACUCUUCUGUGAAGCUCACCUGGGGAGCCUACCAGCAGCUGCUAAAGCAGAAGUGCUGGCAGCAUGGCCGCGCACCCAGACCCGAGUGGGGUUGUACUGCGGUGCAUCACCAUGAGUGGUCCAAGAUGGCCCUCUUUGACUUCCUGUUACAGAUUUAUAAUCGCCUAGACACAAAUUGCUGUGGAUUCAGACCUCGAAAGGAAGAUACCUGUGUACAGAGUGGACUGAGGCCAAAAUGUGACAACCAAGAUUCUGUGGCUCUCGCACACAUUAUCCAGCGAAAGCAGGACCCAAGGCAUUUGGUCUUUCUAGACAACAAGGGUUUCUUUGACAGAAGUGAAGAUAACCUAAACUUCAAGCUGUUAGAAGGCAUCAAAGAGUUUCCUGAAUCUGCAGUGUCUGUUUUGAAGAGCCAGCACUUACGGCAGAAACUCCUUCAAUCUCUGUUUCUUGAUAAAGUUUAUUGGGAGAGUCAAGGAGGUAGACAAGGCAUUGAAAAGCUUAUUGAUGUAAUAGAACAAAGAGCCAAGAUCCUUCUCACCUACAUCAAUGCACAUGGGGCCAAAGUAUUGCCUAUGAAUGAAUAACAAAAGGGUCUUCUGGUUAGAGGACUAGAUACAUUUAUGCAUUUUUGUUUCUAAGUCAAGUACACAAACUUCAACUCCUUUUAGGAAUGAGAUCGAGUAGAUAAAUACAUAAAAUAAAUGAAUUUAACCAAGUGUAUAUGAUGGGCCUGCAAGCCAUAAGCAGACUUAUAAAGCUUUUAAAAAAUAUUCUCCUUAAUAAUAUUUGUUUAUAUUUUCCCUACCAUCAUCAUGUGAGUCUCAACAUCUGAUUACAAAAUGGUUGCAAUUAUUAUGACAGCAAGUUUUGUUAAGACAUUUGUCAUAUUGUUGAAUAGAACAGCAUAAAAUGACUCCUUUAAGAAAUAUUUUAUGCCAUUUUCACUGGUCUGACCAAAUAUUAAUGGGAAUGAGUCUUGAAUAUUUCUGUUGCUGAUUGCUAAAACAGAAGUCCCCGCACUUACCCAGCGGCACCUCUAAACUGGAAAACCGAGGCACAUGACCUACAAAUAUAUCAGUGCCUACAAUAAUUCUAAAUAGAAAUGGUGAGCUGUUUGCAAAACUACCAGUUUAUAUUCUAUUGUACCUAUAAAUAAUUAGCUGUUUCUGUGAUUCUGAGCAGCAAGAAUCACAUUUUCCAUUCCCUUUUAGAAAUUUUUGUCGUCAGUGUAGAAGUAGUCCAAAUCUGACAAUUUAUAUGUUAGGUAGUUUUGCCCUCUCAAUUUUGGUCCAAUUUACGUCUAGUGGCUUAAAAAUUAAUUUUAAGAUUUGAAUUUAUCUACUUGAAACUGUACUUAUGGAGUAGCCCCCCCCCUUUUAAAGAUGUUAUUUUAAAAAAAUUUGUAAUUUCUACAGGGGUUAUAUAUAAUUUCUGUAUAUUUCAUAAAGAAUAGAUUUCUUCAAAUUUGUUCGGUGUAAUUACAUUUAAGCUGAUUUGAUUGAUAUUGCCUAAAUAUUGGUAAUAGGAUUAGAUGUUGACUAUGUUUAAAUAUAUUGCUUGGCUUAUUCUGACAUAAGAAAUGUGAACUAAAUAAAUUAAAACUGGAUUCUGGUAAUUUGUCCUAAUGGAAAGCACAUGACUAGAACUAAAACAGCAUAUUUGGGUAUUAUUAAGCCUUAAAGAAUUCUCCUCAAACUCUCUCUACCAACUUUUUAAUUAGUGGGAGGAUGUGGCAUGUAGUGUUCAUGUAUUGGGUCCUUAUAUCCUUGGAAGAUACCCAUGUUGUUAUGUAUGACAAAUAUUCAUAUAGAGGUUUCAGAUCUUGAAUAAAUCAUCAUUGCCCUCCCAUCCCAUAUACCCCACCCCUUAUUUAAAAGCUGAUAUGCUGACUUUUCCUUUCCCUGAAAGUUUUAAAAUACAGUUUAAGAAUGUUUUAAAUAAUAAGUUUAAGAAUGUUUUUAAUAACAAUGAGAGCAUAGCUAUAGAUUCUAAUUCAUACAAAAGUAUAGGGUCAAAAUGUUAAAAGUAACAUGUUAAGUACAGGAGAAGAUAGACCAAGGAGAAAGGAAUCGUUUUAGCAUCUAAUUAUAGCUAUUU